UUUAUUUUCCUUCUUUGAAAUUUAUCUAAAAUAUAUUAAAAAAUUAAAAAAUCAUGAAUAACACUCAAGAAGCCAAAGCUCAAAAGCUAUGUGAUCAUUCACAUAAGGAGGAGACCAAGGACUAUUUAGAAGGCCAAAACAAGGGAAACCUCUUUGAAACCUUAAUUCAUAGAGGCCCAGAGAUACUUAAAAAUGGUCAGCACGAGGAACAUCUAGAAGAAGUUGAACAGGAAGCUCAAGAAGAAGGUCACGAAGAGGACGAUAAGGGCAGCAACUGGUGAACCUGGAUCUUUCGGCUCACUAUUCUCCUAGGGCUUAUAGGGUUAGCAAUCUGGGUGAUCUUUGACUCCUCCAGACUUACAGGUGUAUUUGAGGGAUUUAUCAACUGGAUGCAGAAAAAUCCGUAUUUCGCACCGUUUGUAUUCGUCAUUGUAUACAUAUUAGCUACUAUCUUCUUUAUACCGGGGCUGAUACUCACUCUUGGAGCAGGAUUUGCAUUUAAUGAAGCUUAUGGGAAAGUAUGGUUGGCUAUCUUAGUCGGCUCAAUAGCUGUGUGGUGAGGAGCGAUGAUAGGAAGUAUGCUUGCCAUGCUGAUAGGGAGAUAUCUACUCAGAGAAUGGGUUGGAAAGAAAGCAAAAAGACACAAAGUAUUUGGAGCUAUUGAUACUGCUAUUGAGAAAGAGGGAUUCAAGUUGACUUUACUCCUGAGGCUUUCACCAGCUAUUCCAUUCAACCUAUUCAAUUAUCUUAUGGGGAUUACCAAGGUUGCCUUUGUAGAGUAUGCUUUAGGAGGUCUGGGAAUGAUCCCUGGGACUAUAGUUUAUGUAUAUUUCGGAACCACAAUCUCAAAUCUCUCAGAUGUUGCUUCUGGCAAAUUUAAUGGAGGAGCGCUCCAACUUGUACUACUCAUAGUCGGCUCUAUCUUUGCAAUCAUAGCUGUCUUUUAUGUUUCUUGGGUGGCUAGAGCUGAAGUCAAAAAGGUACUAAAAAGCCAAGAGGAAGAAAAACGGGCCUAACGACCAGAAUGAGCAGUUUGAGCUUGAAAACCAAGAUUUAGGUUCCGGUAGCUUUAAAGUAACAACCCCAAUACCUAAUGCUCAAUCAAGACUUCCAUAAGACCACUGGAGAGCAUGACAUUAUGCCUAGCUAACCUAUUUAUACUUUAAAACUCUGGCA